AUGGCAGCAGAUUACAGCAUGGACGAGUCAGCCAUUAUGGACAACGGUUCCCCUGGCGGCCCAGGCGAAAGACUUACCGGUCGCGAUCUUGACCUCAUGGGCUAUGACAGGUCGCCCCUGGCAAGCAAGACUCGAUCGUUGUCAGAUGGUGGAGGAACACCAUCCAAGCUAUCGCCCUCACCACUCAUUAUUGAAGCAUCGCGAAGAACUUCCAAAGACGACAUCCACAUCAAGGAUGCCCAGACACCCUCCACGCCGCGGCACUCUGAAUUCAAGGGUCUAUCACUGCAGAUGCCUCCUCGACAAUUCACGCCGCCACCUGCCUCAAAUGCCUACGUCAAGCCCCCGCCUCUUUCUCCAAAACUUGACCACUCGCAGAUAUACGCGUCUCCAACCAAUAUUCUUCCCCGCAGGUCGCGGGGCCUUGACUUUUCUCGCGCUGCUACGAGCCUGCAUCACUCGACACUUGCCGAAUCAUCACCAGACUCAUCGCCUACUAUCGGUGGCCGGGCCAUGAAUAUACCCACCCGACGAAGCGACUAUGGCGGUCCGGAACAAACAUCUUCAUCUCUGUGGUCUAUCAUGGGAAAUCAUGAGAAGAUGAACAUAAGUAGCUCCCUGGGGAGCACUAACCAGGCUGUCGGCUCUGAUUCAUCCAGUUCAUCCGACGAUGAUGACCUGAUGGACGAAGAUGUGGACGAGUCAUAUGUUACCACCCCACAGGUCUCCAAAACAGCCAAUUUUGGCCCAACUGGACCGUUUGGAUCUCCUGCUAUGAGCAGUCUCAUGAGCUUCCAGCAGCGACAGCGGCAUCGCAAAAUACCAAAGAAGAAGGUUCGUGGACCGUUGGGACUUGGAUUCAACAUGGCCACAGCCAACCUUUCCAAAUCCCCUCCAACCACUGCUGCGAAGGCGAGGAGGGAGAGCAUUAGCUGGCAGGCCAACCAGCUCCACAUCUCUGCCGUUGAUGGUGACGAGAGUGGCAAAUCUCAAAGUGACGCUGAUGGUAGUGGUAACGGUAACGGUAAUGGUAAUGGUAAUGGAGGUGGUGGAGAAGGAUCGCAACGAGGAGUCGUUAAACGAGCUGUCACGCGCCGUGGGAACCUAUUGCCGAAGACCAAAACAUUUGCAAGAAUACGCGCCGCCUUAUUUGAAGAAAGUGCGCCAGCGGAGACAGAAACCCGACGAGAAGCCGAAGUUGUUAAACAGGUCCGGGAAAGUGAUGUAGCGCUCGAGCCUCGGAUUCCGCAAACACAGGCAGAGCCUGGAACAAACGCUAGCGCCCUGUCUUCGCCAAAUCUUACAAACAAUGAGCCUGUCGAUGACAUCCAAGAGGAUGAUAUGAACUUACUGGGUGAAGGUUCUUCUGGGCUUUCGAGCAGCUUUAAGCAACAAGUUAUAAAGAAUUCUAAAGGGAAAACAUUUUGGGAUACCUUUUCCGAGUCGAGUAGCAUGGGUGGAAACAGAACAACGCCACCUCCACCAGCAUUCUUGCCUCGUGGCUCUUCUUCUGGUAUGAGUGAAGAUGCAGCUAUGGACUCUCCUGUGCCUGGUGUUGCCUCGGGACAUUCGGCUUCGCAGAGUAGCAAUGCUCAAGGGCCAAGCGCAGCAGAGAUAACUCGGAGGAUCAACAACAAGCGUCGCCGCGACGAUGACUUCGAUCCCGUGAGCUUCAAAAGACGGGCUGUCAGUCCCGGGAUGAGCGCACAUAAUUCACCGAUCCUGCAGAGUCCCAUGCAGCGAGACUCAGCACCAUGGGGCUCACGACCUGGCAGCACUGGAGGAGAUAGAGCAGGUAGCAGUGCUCAGAGCGAAGCUGGAAGCGUUGGAGCCGGCACUCCUGCGAACCCUAGUGCAGGGACAACCGGAAGAUUGAACAGUAAAGGGCGAAUUGGGUUUCAAGGCAUGGUCGAUACCAAUGACGGCAUCAUGCGUAUGAGCAUUGAAUAG